UCUCUCUCUAGCCCCCGCACGCAUCCUAUCCUCCCAGUGCCAGUCCUACACACACUCUCUCUCUCCUCCCCCUCUCCCGCCUCCGACCACCGCACCGGCGAACUCGUCGCUGCACGCCGCCCAUGGCCGCAGCGCUCGCGAGCUCGCCCCUCGUCCACCUCACCGCCUCCCGCCUCCGCCUCCUCCUCCCAAGGCACCGGGCCUCCGCUUCCUCGCCGGCAUCCACCCCGGGGUGCUCACGGUGGGGCUGCUCGAGAGGCGUAUGCUUGGGCUGCUCGAGAGGCGUGUCUUUGGGGUGGAAGCCAACGGUGGAGUUGAGGGCCAUUAAGCGGUACGAUCGGCUGCGGUGCUUCUCUACGGACGGGGGCGGCGGUGAGGAGGGGGAGAAGCGGGACGAGGAGGAGGCAGCGGCGGGCCCGGCGGAGGCUCAGGUGGGCCCGGCGGAGGAGCUGGGGUCUGAGCGAACCCGAUCGGGGAGCUUUUCGUCCUCGUCCUCGUCGUCCGGGACUCCUGGAAUAUCAAGCGAGCCACCACUGUUGAAUUUUAGUGUUGAUAAUAUCGAUACAGUUAAACUGUUGGAACUCCUAGGCCCAGAAAAGGUUGAUCCAGCUGAUGUCAAGGCAAUUAAGGAAAAGCUUUUUGGUUACACAACAUUCUGGUUGACAAAAGAAGAACCUUUUGGUGAUCUUGAGGAAGGAGUUCUUUUCGUUGGGAAUCUCCGUGGGAAGAGGGAGGAAAUCUUUGCAAAACUUCAACGACAGCUACGUGAACUUACUGGUGACAAAUACAAUCUUUUUAUGGUGGAGGAGCCCAAUUCAGAAGGGGAAGAUCCACGUGGGGGACCCCGCGUUAGUUUUGGUUUGCUUAGGAAGGAAGUUUCUGAGCCUGGUCCUACUACCCUAUGGCAAUACGUCAUUUCACUGUUACUUUUCCUUCUCACUAUGUUCUCUUGCGUUGAGCUAGGAAUCGCAUCAAAGAUUAGCAGUCUUCCACCAGAAAUCGUUACAUAUUUCACUGAUCCAAAUGCUACUGGACCCCCUCCUGAUAUGCAACUUCUACUCCCAUUUGUGGAAUCAGCUUUGCCACUGGCUUAUGGCGUCCUGGCUAUCCAACUAUUUCAUGAAGUUGGACACUUUCUGGCAGCAUUUCCAAAAAACGUGAAACUGAGCAUUCCUUUCUUCAUUCCGAACUUCACCCUUGGAACUUUUGGUGCAAUUACUCAGUUCAAGUCCAUUCUGCCGGAUCGGAAGACAAUGUUUGACGUAUCAAUUGCUGGUCCUGUGGCUGGAGCUGCACUUUCCUUAUCAAUGUUCUUUGUAGGUUUAUUACUCUCCUCAAAUCCUGUUGGGGCAAGUGAUUUAGUUGAAGUACCAAGCCAGCUAUUCCAGGGCUCCUUGUUGCUCGGGCUUAUUAGCAGAGCAACACUUGGAUACAGGGCUAUGCAUGCUGCUACAGUUUCAAUCCACCCUCUUGUGAUCGCAGGCUGGUGUGGUUUAACAACUACUGCCUUCAAUAUGCUUCCUGUUGGAUGUCUUGAUGGUGGAAGAGCUUUACAGGGUGCCUUUGGCAAGGAUGCUUUGUUUGGAUUUGGCCUCACAACAUACUCAUUGCUUGGACUUGGAGUGCUUGGAGGACCAUUGUCUCUUCCUUGGGGCUUAUAUGUGCUAAUAUGUCAGAGAACACCUGAAAAACCAUGCUUGAACGAUGUAAGCGAUGUUGGAACUUGGAGGAGGGCAGCCUUGAUAGUUUUGGUGUUUCUUGUUGUGUUGACUCUCAUCCCAUUGUGGGAUGAACUUGCGGAGGACCUAGGUGUAGGGCUUGUGACUUCGUUUUGAGGUACACUGGUUACAGGUAGAAUUAGGCCAUGAUGUAACUCAAUUUUGUAUUGAAAUGUAGCCUCAAUAGUGGAAGUGUUGUAAAGGCUUGUGACAUUACCCGGUUAACUGAAGUGUGAAUUUACUCGGUGCAAAGUGUGAUGAAAUUGCACUGAUUGCAUUGAGAGCCAUUGUUCGAAAACAUCGUCUGUAGAUGUCACAAUGUGCAAUUUUGAAUAAGAUGUACCCCUUCAAUAAAUUAUAUGACCAGCAAUUGAUCA